AGACCGUCUGCCUGCCUCCGACCGCCGGCGCGCGGCGCAACCCGAUCUCCUUGGACUUGAAUGAGGAGCGGGCGGCGGCGCUCAGCUGCGGAUCGGCCGGCGCGCAGGCUGAGCCCGGCGGCCCCGUGCCCCGGCCGCCCGCCCGUGCCCCGCACGCCGCCCGCGGCCACGGCCCGCCGCCCCGGGGCUCCCGCUCGGCGGCCGGGGGACCCAGCUCGCCCCGGGGACCUCGGCGGCGCCCCGAGCCCGCGCCGCGCCGCUCGCUGUAUGCGGGGCCCGAGCCCCGCGCGCCGGCCGGAGCCGCCCCCGCGCCCCGCGCCUCGCGCCCCGCGCCGCCCGUGACCGCUUGAUGGGGGUCAACGGCACCGCCGCCGCCGCCGCCGGGCAGCCCAAUGUCUCCUGCGCGUGCAACUGCCAGCGCUCUUUGUUCCCCAGCAUGGAGAUCACGGAGCUGGAGUUCGUGCAGAUCGUGGUCAUCGUGGUCGUGAUGAUGGUGAUGGUGGUGAUGAUUACCUGUCUGCUAAGCCACUACAAGCUGUCAGCCCGCUCCCUCAUCAGCCGACACAGCCAGGCCAGGAGGAGAGACGAUGGACUGUCCUCGGAAGGAUGCCUCUGGCCCUCAGAGAGUACGGUGUCGGGUGGAAUGCCGGAGCCACAGGUCUAUGCCCCGCCUCGGCCCACUGACCGCCUCGCUGUGCCCCCCUUCGUCCAGCGGAGCCGAUUCCAGCCCACCUACCCCUACCUGCAGCACGAAAUUGCCCUGCCACCCACCAUCUCACUGUCUGAUGGGGAGGAGCCCCCACCCUACCAGGGCCCCUGCACCCUCCAGCUACGGGACCCUGAGCAACAGCUGGAGCUGAACCGGGAAUCUGUGCGCGCACCCCCUAACCGGACCAUCUUCGACAGUGACCUUAUAGACAGCACCAUGCUGGGGGGCCCCUGUCCCCCCAGCAGUAACUCGGGCAUCAGCGCCACCUGCUACAGCAGCGGUGGGCGCAUGGAGGGGCCGCCCCCCACCUACAGCGAGGUCAUCGGCCACUACCCUGGCUCCUCCUUCCAGCACCAGCAAAGUAACGGGCCAUCCUCCCUGCUAGAGGGGACCCGGCUCCAUCACUCGCACAUUGCCCCACUGGAGAACAAGGAGAAGGAGAAACAGAAAGGUCACCCCCUCUAGGAGUGGGGGCCGGGGCGUCUGUAGGCAAAACCGCAAAAAAAAAAAAAAAGAGAAAAAAAAAAAAACACUCCGCACUUCUUAAGAGAGAAGAGAGAGGAAGUCAGGGGACAUACAGGCCGAGUGGCCGUGUGCUGGUUCUCCUGUCUGUGUAUAAAUAUUUACAUGUUCUGUGUGGUCUGAAUGCAAAAGCUCAAAAAGCUUGCAAAAAGAAAAAAGAAAAUGUUUCUUUGUUGAGCCGUGUCUUGAAGGCAAAAGAGAAAAUGCUCUACCAGUCUUUCCUUCAUCGUUCUUAGUUGAGCUCUGUGCGUGAAUGCUUAAUUUCUUUUGUUUAUGACGGUUUUACUUAACUUUAAAGACAUAUUUGCACAAAACCUUUGUUUAAGAUCUGCAAUAUUAUAUAUAUAAAUAUAUAUAUAAAAUAAGAGAACUCUGUAUGUGGGAGAGCAGGAGUAUUUUUGUAUGAGAAGAGGCCUAUUCAAAAAAAAAAAAAGUUGUUUUCUGAACUAGAAGAGAAAAAAAAAUGGCAAUUUUUUGAGUGCCAACUCCGAAAGUGUGUAUUACCUUGUAAAGAAAAAAAAAAAUCCUACAAAGCAGGGGUUUAGAGCUAUUUAUAUAAAUGCUGCGAUUUUGCACUAUUUUUUAAUAUAAUAUAUCAGUGCUUGUUUGAUGGAAACUUCUAGAGAGUGUGUUGAGACUUGGAGAAAUGUUGAGUUUCAGUCUGAACAGAGCAGCAGGGGUGUGUUCCUCCGCCCCCUGGGUCUCAGAGGGCCCCCACUGUGCAGGAAAGCCAGGCUCCCCCAGGGCCACACAGCAUGCCGCCUGCAAGCCAAUGGAUGCUUCUGUCCAGACAGGCUGUGAACAGUUACACAUUCCCUGCCGAAGGGGACCCGUGACGACGUGAUGUGUCGUCCCUCUGGGUUACAGCUGAGUCAGGACCGUCUCCCCCCGCCACCCCCUCCCCAACAGAGGCACCCAAUUCCAGAUGCCUUUCCCAAUAUGAAAAUAAACUGUUACCGAAGGAAUCUUAGUUUUUUUUUUUUUUUUCUUCCUCUUUAAAACACAAAAACUAUGAAGGUUCAGUGUUUGGGGGCAAGGUGCAUCCCCAAAGCCAAAGCAGUCCCCGAAUUUGGUGCCAGGUGGAUACAGCAGCUGGCUUCGUGCAGAAGUGGGUUAGACUCCAGUGUCCCAAGGCUGGGAUCUACGCAGUUCCACGCUGACAUGUAGGAACGGCCCAGGGUGAUGGCUGCUUGACCUCUGACCAUAUGUUUCCCUCAAUAUUGAUUUUCACUUCAAGAAGCCAAUUAAGAGUCAACCCAAGAUUGAAAGGGACAAGCCCAAGUGUUCCCCCAGGAAGCCCAAAGGGGUUAGGAAAGACGGCCAGUACCACAGCCCAUCCCUCCACCUCCAGUGUUAACUUUCCUUCUCCUCCUAGACUCUCCCCUCUGACCCGGAAAGAGUCGUAUUAGAUGUGGUCAUCUGAUCAUCAUUAUCACAUGUUAGCGGGACUGGGGUGUCAUUUCCCAGCAUGUAAUUAGUAUGUAGGAUGCUGGGACCCCUAGAGGGCUUGCUGUUGUGUCUUCUGUGAAUAUAAGUGAAAGGGGGGUGAGUGUGUAGUGAGAUCUCUUAGGGUUCAGCAGGAGCAGAGGCAUCCCUCAGGUGAGUCUGCUGGAGUCCCUGGAGUGACCCCGCCACCCCUCCCCAUCCACAGGGUGUUCCUAUUUUCUGCCAAAAAUGUUAUCAUGUAAAUGAGAGAUGGUAACCUGUACACAGCACCUUUUUAUUACUUGAAAACCUUUUGGAGGUCAGGCCACCAUGCCUGCUUAUACACAUACAGUUUUUAAAAUAUAGGUUACCCUGCUACCCUGCUGGAUCCUGAGCCUAGAGGCCUGCAGAUCCAUCUUGGCAGAACAUUCCCAGGAGACCUACUUCUCCAGGAGUGGUUGACCUGACCUCUCAAAGAGGAUUCUUGAAAAUAUCACGAUGUCACUGAGAUGUCCCGUGUUUCCCUGUGCGAAUAAUAUCCGAUGCCUUACCGAGGAAGAGCUCUCCCUCUGGGCUCGGGGUGGGGGCACUCCCUACAGUGUCUCACUCUUGGGGCCAGUCCAUCAAGGGCUACUGCUGAAGUUCAACUGUGCACACCCUUUCCCUUCCCUUCCCUCAGCGUGCAUGUACCCUGCUUGCAGAGGCCCCCAGCUGUCCCUGCAGCCUCAUGGAAUACUGCAUGUGGCUCCCAUUCCUCUAGACAAGGAAACCUUAUUUGUGUCUGUGGCUUCAGCUGAAAGCCAGGCCAAAUGAAUGUGCCCACUGUCCUCUGGGGCCAAAAUGGCUGUCCUUGCUUUGUUGAAUGGGUUGUUGCAGGGGCUUGCUGGGCUCAUUUGACUUAAGGGCACACCUACUCCUUUGGGUAACAACCCUGGACUAGAAACUGGGGUCCCUUGGAUGUGGGUUGUAGGAGCUUGAAGGGAAGGACUUGUUAAAGGCAGGGUGUCUCGUGUCCUGAAUGUCAGGCUGUCAGUCCCUGCAGGCAGCUGCUGGUAGUGGGACCCUGAGCUCUGGCCAAACUCUACAUGCUGGGUCCACACUAUCUCUUCCCAUGGCAAAUUAAGCUGCUCCUGGGAAGUGGCUGGUUGGAAAGGAACCGACCUGGUAGGCUUGAGGAGUGGGGGGCAGAGAUGGGGAGUCUAUUGCUCCAUUAGGUUCUGAGAAAGGGAGAGUUCUCUGCCCACAUUACCAUCUCCACUGCUUGCUCCAGAGAGGUCACAGCCCCUGCAGAGCUCCAGGCUGUGUAAAGGCAGGAAGGCUCUGCAGAGCUCCACACUGUGAGCCAGCUCUGUAAAGCUGGGAUCUGCAUGACUUUGCCUGCUGCGAGAAAGAAGUCUGUUGUUUUAGCAAAAAGUUAAAACAUGACCCUGUACCCUACAUGUAACAGGAAUCAGGGUGAGGCAGAUUCCAGACCUUCUCUGUUCAAUCGCUCUCUGUUCUUGGUCACUGUUGUGACCCGCGUGGUCAACUUCCAUGUCCCAUGUCCCUCAACUUCCAGAACCACAGAAUAUUGUAAUGAUGCGAGAUGUGUUCUCAUCUGUGCUCUGGACUUGAGAGCCCGAAAUGCCACACCUCCUAUGUCAUCUGUCACCCCUCCCUCAGCCCACUGUCCGGCUGCACUGCUGCUCGGCUUUGGGGUGUCCUUCUUUGCAGCUGUCCCCCCCCCACCUUCUGUUCCUGGUCAGCACUGGGGAUUUCUCCGUGCCUGGAGCACCCCACGGUGGGAGACUGUACCCAGGCCUGAAGGAGCUGUUCUCUGUGUAUCUAUAAUCUUUGGUGCCAAUGUUGGCGUUCUGAAAAGCCGCAAUACACAAUAAAUUUUACAGUUCUUUGGA